AUGAAAAAAGUGUUUGGUGUGCAGUUGGAAGAUGUUGAAUUGUAUGAAGGUGUACCAAAACCCGUGUAUGACACAUUAUGUUAUUUUCACCAUCAUCCGGAUCUUUUAGAAACAGAAGGGCUUUUUCGAGUUUCUGGGAGUUUAACAAACAUUUUAGAGAUCAAAAAGUUGUACAACGAAGGACAACAAGUCGAUCUUGAAAAAUAUGACGUCCACACCGUGUCGGCAACGUUCAAAGCGUUUUUUAGAGAAUUACCUGAAAGUCUUGUGACUGCGGAAAAUACCGACUUGUUUCUGGUGUUCAUCGAGUUGGAUCAAAAAUUUAAUCAAGACAAAAACAAAACUAUUACAAAACUACAAAAUGUACUAAACGAAUUACCACUCGUUUAUCUGAAUGUCUUGAAAACUUUAAUUCAAUUUCUCGUGCUGGUGGAACAAAAGAAAGAUAUUAACAAAAUGGAUUCGAAGAAUUUGUCACUCAGUUUGUAA